AUGGCGUACUCAAAAACUGCCUGCAUCUUGGUCUUUGCUGCCUUGGGGAUUAGACUAGCCUUGGGUGCCGUCACACUUGAGUCCUAUGAGGACACGUUCUCGUUGGCAGAUUCUUUUGAUCCUAUUCAGGCUGCGUAUUGGACGGGCGAUGCAGGACUACCUCACCACCGACGUACACCCUUCGCAGUCGCGCCUGACGGCGCGACGGGAUACCUCGCGUACCUCAAUGCGGGCCAGACCUCGGUUCUAGUUCAGCAAGUCAACACGACCUCGUUCACCUCUGUUGGCGACGUUGUUACUAUCACUGGCACUGAAGCUGGCGGCCUGGUUGCCCACGACGACGGCUUUGCUGUCCUUAUCAAAACCACUGCUACCGGAUCAGAAAAUCUUCCCACUGACGAUAUGCCCAUUGCGGUAGUCGUACGGUAUACAGACGGUGAAUUGUCCUGGUCAACAGAAUUGAAUGGUCCGUCAUCUUAUGGUGCCGGCAGCAUUGGGCGCACUGCGACUCCCGAUAUUAAUGGCGAUUUCGUCUGGUCUGAGUCGGCUGGUCUUUAUGGUGCCUACUACGUCGUUACUGCGUACGACGGUGAUGCGUCUGGCCACUAUGGUGACGCUAUUUCCUAUGUUGACGCAAACGGUACGCGACAAGACUCCACUGAGGGCACCAGCACCUGGGGCUGCUCACACAACACUGGCAUCGGUUUCGAAGCCGCUGAUGCUGCUCCGUUUGCCUCUAUCUGUGCUGAGGACCAAGGUGCUAUCUGGUUAAACACGAACAACCGAGGAAUGUCCAAUGUCGGUCAGAAAAUUUCCAACGAAAACACAACUAAUGGUUCCGGCGGCGAAUCGAUGUACGGAAUGUCUGGGUCCUACUCCAACUUUGCCAGGUUCUCUACUUCCGAGUCUUAUAUCUUCGCCUGGCAGUCGCGCGGUGCGACCGAUCUUACCCUAAACGAAUGGAUGGGUGACGGAUACACCUCCUGCAGUCCCCGCUGGCUCCAUCACAACGUGGCCAUCGCCGUCGCCUCUGAUAAAGAGACACUCUCAGGCGACCAAGCUACCUCCGAAGUCGGUGCAACUGAUGGUGACACCCAAAUCACUUGGGUGACAGAGGACGAUGGCUCUGACCACCAGAACAUCCAUGUUGAGGUCUUUGACACAUCUAAUGCCCUUGUCACAUACGAAAACCUUUCUGACCCGACUUGCGAGCCUCUUCCCCUUUCCUGCACCGGUACUUUCUCUGGCACUAGCUUCCAGGUUGUCAGUAGCAGCGGUGAACUAGUUGGUUCUCCUGUUGUCGAGGAGAGUAUCACAGUCUCUGGCGAUAUAGCACUCCUUGGAGACGGUCGUCUCUGCUGGCCUUACGUCAAGCAGACCUGGGAUUUGAGCGCUGCGAAGGAUAGCGGUACCCCCACUUCCACGAUGUCUUUCGCCUGUGCUUCCCUGAACGGAACACAAGUGAGUGCCGCAGAGACGUCUAUUGCAACCACAUCUGUGGACACCUUGAUCAACAUAGCGUCCAGUACUACUGUUGUCUCUGCCAGCGGCGCAUCAGAGGUUCUUUCAGCAACAGACGCCCCCUCAUCCACUGUCAUCAGUGAACCCGUAUCUACAGAGACGACUACAACGAUCACAGAUGCUGGUGGUGUGUGGCCAACGGGCGGCUGGGGCUCCUGGAACCCGUGGGGAGUAAAGAGGUAUUUCAGCGUGAGCAGUUGCCCUCAUUGUGCUUUUUCCCAUCGUCGCUCUGAGGGGUCGUAG